AUGUCGGUCACCGCCACGACUUUCUUGGAUAAUCCGCUGCUCAAAGUGAGUCGUCCGGUCGCCGCUUGCUCAAGAUGUCGAACCGCGAAGAUCAAGUGUGACGGCAAGCUCCCCGCCUGUUCGGCGUGCGAGAGGGUCGGCAAAGCUAGCAGUUGUUCCGGGGCGAGCGAUGAAUUUGCCAAAGGCAAAGAAAGAAGCUACGUAGCGUCGUUGGAAGGAUACUGUGAGAAGCUCGAGAAGAAGAUACAUCAGAUGCGUGCUCGUUCAACAUCGCUGUCCGCGGAGGGCAAUGGCGUCGCGCGGGAAAUGUCCAUCACCUCGAUUUCAUCCGAGGGACCAUUGGGACCGGCACACAGCAGAGAAGUAUCCGACAUUGAUGAUCUAGUUGGUGAUUUUGGUUUCUUGUCGGUCAACGCGACAUCGCGUGACUUCCACGGCAUUACUUCCAAUACCUCCUUUGCGAACCUCCUUCUAUCUGUCGCUCUUGUCGAUUCUCCUCCGCCAUCCUCUCCUCAUUCAUUACCUGCGCGCCAUGAAGCAACCCCAUUGCUACAACACUACUUCGACAAUGUGUUCGUCCAGUUGCCUUUUUUUGUCGAGACGAGCUUUUGGACCUCGGUAGACGCAGUAUAUCAAUCCGGCGGCCGGUUCGCUAAACCCUUUGAUCAUUGGAUGCUGCGCAUAGUUCUGGCCAUUGCCUCGGCCUCUGUUUCGGGCCAGAAUAACGACAAGAUGCAUCAACGGGCAUGGUCUCUCGUAUCAGAGGCCUUGACAUAUGCCGAGGAAGUCCUUCGGCCAGGGUCUAUAUCAGGAAUUCAAGCGAUAUUACUGCUUGCUCAGUAUUCGUUUGUUGAUCCAGCUCGCUUUCGCAGUUGGUAUUUAGUCGGUAUGGCUGCCAAAGUCGCGGUUGAUUUGGGCCUGCAUCAAGAUCCGCCUACUGAGGUUUUGACCGACCAUGACCGACUUGAUAUCCGUCGGCGAGUCUUCCAUUGCAUCUACUGUCUGGAUAGAGGAUUGAGCUCCACUAUACAGAGAACCUUUUCGUUCUCCGAUGCAUCUGUAAAUGUUGCAUUACCAUCAUGCAGUGCGGCUCCUGGUAAAUCCCUGGAACAAAGUCAUAUCUUUUUACGCAGCCCAGUCCCCGCUUUGCACAUCGUGAAGAUUCGACAGAUCUUAUCUGUCGGGUACCAAGAAAUGCAUUAUAGUGGGCGUGAACCAUCCCCGCAGCCUCUUGUCUUAGUGUGGACUCUGUGCUGGCGAGCUCGGGAGUGGUAUCACCAGUGCCCAAAGAACGCCCCUAACCACUUCUCACUUCUGUAUCGCCUCGAACUGCUGUACACCAUCAUUAUCCUCCUAUCACCAUCGCACAGAUACCCAACGCUACACGACUACAACAAAACCCUGCUCUUCGACCGAUGCAUGGACUACAUCAGCCAGAUCCAUCAAGUCUUAGAGAACCCCAGCGCCCUUCCCUUCCUAACAUAUCUCGACAUUCAACGAGUCCACCAAGUCGGCCGACUCUUCGUCGACGUAUUAUCCGAAAAUUAUGACCAACUUCUGAGUGCCGCUGUGCCUGCACCACCUUCCGUUCCCGCUGGGACGCCUGACCCGCCCGUACUGGGUGAUGAGGACUUGAUCAACUGUCAUGCACGCGCCAUGCGUUGUCUCGCUUACGUUCGUGACAUGCUGAAGUAUUGUGCGAGGAAAUGGGGUUUGCACGGGCCUCUCGAGCAAUUCGAAUGCCAGUCUGCUUCCCUGGAAAAGACACUGAUGGAUAGCUCUAUGGGCUAUAUGUCGAAUCCGGGGAUGUACUCGUCGAGGAUGCCGCUGGUCGGCGAUGAAUACUCGGGAUACCAUCUAGGGCUGUGA